UGUGUUAUCGAUGAAAUUCCCAGCUCUAAAAAGCAUUGGAAAAGAAAAAUUUCGAGCCGAGUGAAUUGUGUGAAUUGAGCUGAAACCGAAUAUUAAAAGUGUGCUCUUAGCACGAAAGUUAAAAGUUAGGCGGGUGAUAAUGCAAUUGCAAUUGAAAUAAAAAUGCAAUUGAUAAACAAUAAGUGCGACGAACGUCAAACUGUGUGCGUGCAGUGCCAAAUAAAGCAGCAAUAAGUGGCCACGAAUGAGAGCGCAAAGAGCAGAUGCCAAUUUAUAUCGUCGUCUGUCUUACAACAAUGAGACAUGAUAAACAACAAGUGCAAUUUUUAGAAGAUCUAAGUUGUUUCUAUUACUAAAAGGAGAAUUCCUUGAGAAAAGUGAUCUUAGGAUAGUGUGCGUCCUACCUGCGUAAAGGAUACUAGUGUAUGCCUAUGUCUGCCAUCUGAGUAAGGGAGACAAGACAAUAUAGAACGUGAAAAAAGGUCAAAUUCGAGAUACUACAAAGAGACCGAAAGCGAGAGAGACAGACAAAACACUAUUGUGAGUAAGAAAUGAGUCGCAUGCAAAAACAGCAUAGCGAAAUUAUGGCCAGCAGUAAUAAGAGCCGAAAGAGAGGUGCUCCGCCGCCACCUUUGCCACCGCCAGAAUCCCCGCCACCACCACCGCCGCCACCAGACGAUGAGAAUUUGAUUGAAAUGAUGGAGCAGGAUGAGCAAAUGAAUAGUCAUUUUAAUGGCUCAAUGAAGUCGUCGCUAACCAAUGGUUCUAGGAAAAGGAAACACUCUACCAUAGAUGGCCAUGCCACAAGCUCCUCGACCUGCUCGUCCCAUUUAAGUGAUCCCCGAAUUACGAACAAUACAAGGACCUACAAUCAUAAUAAUCACCAUAAUAAUCAUUCUAUUAACAACAAUAACAACAAUGUGACAAACAAUGGUCAAUAUGGUAAUAUGAACAACAAUAAUAAGAAAUCAUCAGGGAACACAAAUUAUACAUACCGCGAUACCAUGUCACCGCCCUCACCUCCCUCACCGUCACCACAAUCGCCGCCACCCACAAGCAAUGUGCCCGAAGUGGUUUACAUUUCAGACGUUGAAAGCGAUGAUCGCGAAGAUGGCGACUACUACGAAGAGCACGAGGAGACCGAAGAGGAAGAGGAGGAGGAGGAGGAAGUAGUGCACGAUCUCGACGAUAGUGAUUUGCAAAUCUAUGAUAGCGCCUCGCCAAGAGCAUCAGCUGCUGCAGCAUCUGCAGUCUCUGGCGGCGGUGGCGGUGGUAGCAACAAGACCAAAAUAGCCCAAGCAGCGGCAGCAGCAGCAGCAGCGGCCGCAGCAGCAGCCGCCACAUCAACAACACCCACCUCAUAUGCCAUGCCCACGAGCAAUACAACGCCUCUUGAUUUGUACAAUGAAUCGCAUCAAAGGGAUUUGGAGAACGUCACCGAUUUGCGUUCAUAUGUUAAACUAUAUAGCGAUGAGGCUGUGAGUCUGAACGAUUUCAAAAUAAUACGUGUUCUUGGCACUGGCGCUUAUGGUCGUGUAUUUCUGGUGCGCAAAUUGACACGACACGAUAGUGGAAAACUCUAUGCCAUGAAGGUUCUUAAUAAAAUUACAGUGGUCGCAAAAUUCAAAACCGCUGAGCACACUAAAACAGAGCGAGUGGUCCUUGAGGCAGUACAACGUAGUCCGUUCCUUGUGGGACUUCAUUAUGCUUUUCAGUCUGCAUCCAAGUUGUACCUUGUAUUGGACUUUGCCAGGGGAGGUGAGCUAUUCACGCAUCUCUACUAUGGCGAUCAUUUUGAGGAGCCCCGUGUCCGUGUUUAUAUUGCCGAAGUGGUGCUGGCCCUGGAGCAAUUGCAUCAGUUGGGCAUUAUUUAUCGAGAUAUUAAAGUGGAGAAUAUUCUGCUCGAUGGCGAUGGACAUAUUGUUUUGUCCGAUUUCGGUUUAUCUAAAAUUCUAACUGCCGAAGAUGAUUAUCGAGCGCAUAGUUUCUGUGGCACUCUGGAGUAUAUGGCACCGGAAAUUAUACGGACAGGGCCACCCGGACAUGACAGUGCGGUCGAUUGGUGGUCCGUGGGAAUUCUCACCUAUGAGCUACUCACUGGAGCCUCACCAUUCGUUUCCGAUAACCAGAGUCAACAAUCAGAGAUCUCGAGGCGGAUACAGAAGGAACAACCGUUAAUCCCAGACGAUUUUAGUAAGGAGGCGCGGGACUUUGUGCUUAGGAUGCUGGAAAAGAACCCGAAACGUCGUCUAGGCGGCAACCAUCGGGAUGCCAGCGAAAUCAAGGAGCAUGCCUUCUUCCAUGGCAUCAAUUGGCAAGAGUUAAGGGCCAAGCGCCGCAAGGCGCCCUAUAAACUGAACCUAACAUCCGAGGAUGAUGUGCAACAUUUUAGCAAUGAGUUCACCGAUCAGUUGCCCGAAGAUCCCGAUUGUGAGGCGCCGCCAAGUAAGAUACGCUUAUUCCGUGGCUACACAUAUGUGGCGCCACAGCAUUUGGAGCAAAUGCGACGGGAUAAUAACUGUUGUAUAGAGUAUUGCAAUCCAGGAUUGCAGAAUAUACCAAAUCGACCGGAUGAUUUGGAGCUUGGUACUCGCACAGUGAGCGGGGCAUAUGGCACUUGUCAUUUUGUGGUGGACAGCACCACAGAAAUGGUCUUCAUGGCUAAGGUCAUUCCCCUAUCGAAAUUUCGCGCCUCCGAGGUAGAUGCGUUGACAUCAUGUGCCCUGGAUAGGCACGGCCAUCCGAAUAUUGUCAAUUAUCAUGAAACGUUUCGUGAUAAAUGCGAUAUCUGGAUAAUAACAGAGUAUUUGUGCGGCGAGGAGCUAACACACCUAAUACAUAGACAAAGACUCGAUGAGGCAACAUGUCAGGAUAUCUUUCGGCAAUUGGUGAUGGGUGUGCAUCAUAUGCACUCGAAGCGUUUCAUACACGGUGACCUGAAGCCCGAGAAUGUGGUAUUUGAGAGUCGAGAUGACUUGAACGUGAAGCUUGUAGAUUUUGGCAAUGCCUGCUAUAACAGUAAAUUUGAAUCCUGGCUGGAUAAGCCACGCUACACAUUGGACUAUGCGCCGCCUGAGUUACUUAGCGAUCCAAAUGUGGUUAACUAUUCACCUGCUGUGGAUAUUUAUGGUUUGGGAGCGAUACUUUACACCAUGUUCGUGGGUCAUCCACCGUAUCGGCAGCAUUUGGACGAUGUGGAGCAUAAUGUCACAGUGCAUCACAAGCUCAGGCGGCGAAUGGAGAAGGAAUCGUUUAAUCAGAACUCUGAACGUUGGCUAAAUGCCAGUCCCUCGUUCCAAAAGCUGGUCACCAAGUGCAUGCACCGUGAUCCAGCGAAGCGACCCCAAAUAGCCGAUAUUCUCGAUAGUGAAUGGUUGCAAGCAAACUUUAAUAACACUAGUGACUAUGCGGCAUCAGAAACACUCUUUGAUGCCACAAUAUCGGCUAUGUCACCACCUCCACUACCACUACAACCAGCAUCACCACCUCCACUACCACCAGCAUCACCUGCCCCUCAACAGCAGCAACAGCAACCGCUGCAGCAACAGCAACCGCUGCAGGAACAACAGCAACCGCUGCAGGAACAACAGCAACCGCUGCAACAACAGCCACCGCUGCAGCAACAACAACCGUUGCAGUUGCAGCAGCAGCAGCAACCGUUGCAGCAGCAACCGCAUCAUCAGCAGCAGGAUGUUGUCGAUUUGAGAGAUGAGACAUUGGAACUGCAGCAACAAGCAGCAACAGUUGUCAAAACAAAGCCACAUAAACAUCAUAAACAGAAAAAUCAUAAGAAACAACAGAAACUCAAACAGAAGCAACUGAAACUGCAACAAGAGCAGGAGCAGCAGCGUUUGCAGCAGGAGCAACAACUGCGGCAAGAGAUAAGACUGCAGCAGGAAUUGAUACUGCAACAGCAGGAGCAACUGGAGCAGGAGCGACAAAAACUGCAGGAGCAGAAACUGAAGCAAGAGCAGCAUGAACAAUUACUGCUAGAGCAAGAGCAGCAAUUGCAGCAACAAAUUUUGCGGCAGCAGCAGCAGCUAGCAGCCGAAAAGGAGCAGGCAGCAGCACAAUUUUUAGACUCAUCUGCUGAGGAUGAGGGCAUCACUAUGUCGUCUGAUAGGAGAGAUCAGCGGUCGGAGGAAGAGCAUGUACAAGUACAUGAGCAGGAGCAGCAGACAGAGGAGGAAGAGGAACAGGAAGAGACGCAGGAAGAAGGAGAAGAAGAAGAGAUGGUGACCGAUGAUGAGGAUUAUGAAGUACAUGAAUACUAUCUUGGCGACAUAGAUACUUUGCCCGAUUUGCUUGGCUUCGAUGAGGACAUGCCGCCUUUGAGUCUGCCGGCCGACUAUUAUGUAUCACAGGCCAAUGAGCAAGUAGACCAAGGACAACAGAUGCCAGAGCCCGAGCCAGAGCCCGAGCCCGAGCCCGAGCCAGAGCCAGAGGUCAUCCCAGUGCCAGUUUACCAGGCAGCGCUAAAAUCGGAGCCAGCUCCAGUCCCAGCCUACGUGCCACCAGUAGCGCCAGUGCCAGUGCGAGGGAAACGUGAAAGAAAGCCAGUGGUGAAACCAGAUCCCGACCGUGCCCCCAUCUACUUCGAACGCCGAAAGACCCGGCUGCAAUGUCGCCUUGAGAAUCAGUUGAAUGACAGCAAAGCUGGCAUGUAUCUCCUUAUGCAAAAAGUGCCGCCGCCAGAGGAGGAAACCCCCAUCUACAUGCCUUUGGGCAUGCCUCGCAAAACUCGCGUCGUAAUUAAAAAGCCCAAGCGGACGGGCGAUGAGGAUCUGUUUGGUUUUCCCAAAGCUCCUGCUUUGCUGCGCAAAACUCGUGCCAGUUGGCGACUUUUCAACGCAAGGAUCAAGGGUGUGCAGCAGGUUCUUAAGCACCGAUUCCAGGUGGGGCGCCGUGUGUAUGGCUCCAAGACUCCCAUGAUUAAGACGGAGAAAAUGGAUGACGGCUAUGCGAAAACAACAUUGAUCUAUCCGCGACCCAAGCCGCGUGUGAAGAGGGACAAGAAGCCGAAGGAGCCACAACUGCCCACACGGGUGCAGCCAGCUCGCGCACGGGCCAUGCGGCAAUGUUACGUAUUUGAAUAGCAUCAGAAGCAGCCGCUGCAGCAAACGCCGUCGCUGCAGCAGCGUCAAAAAUCUAAGCGACAACAAAAACAACAACCACCAAUCUUACAAACAAUUA